GAAGAGAAAAUCUAGUGAACCGUGGCGAUGUCUCUAGACAGUUUCUCCGAAUCCCUCUCAAAUCAUUGACUUCGUGAUUCACAAAGCCAACGGCUUUCCUGGUAGAUUCAGGUCUCGCCACCACCCUUCCCCCGCAGUACAUCCAACCUCCGGAAGAGAGACUCCAAUCCAUCAAAAUCACGCCUUCAUCUUCAAUCCCCAUCAUCGACGUCUCAAAUUGGGACGACCCACGAGUUCAAGAUUCGAUCUUCCAGGCCGCAACCCAGUUGGGUUUCUUCCAGAUCGUCAAUCACGGCAUUCCCUCCCAAGUUCUGGGCAAAGUCAUAGACGCAGCUCAUGGGUUCUACGGGCAGACGAACGAAGAGAGACGCAAGUACUGGAAAGGCAAUUCCCCUUCCGAAACUGUCUUCUACACCACGAGCUUCAGCCCUCUGGCGGAGAAGGUCCUUGAGUGGAAGGAUUUCUUGAUGUUUCAGUUUGCUUUUGGGGAUGGAGAUGACGCCUCUUCUUCUGAGCUUUGGCCUCCUGUUUGCAGGGAUGAAGUGGUGGAUUACAUGAGACGCGCUGAGCCGGUGAUCAAGAAGCUGAUAGAGGUGCUACUGAAGAAGAUCAAUGUGAAGGAAAUGAAAGAGAAAGAGAGUUGCUUGAUGGGUUCACCAAGGGUUAGCCUGAAUUACUAUCCAAAGUGCCCAAACCCUGAGCUAGCCGCCGGAGUGGGCCGCCAUUCGGACAUAUCAACCAUCACUAUCCUACUUCAGGACGAUACCGGAGGGCUCUAUGUCCAGGCAACCCAAGGAGAAGAAGAAGAAGGUUGCGAUUCGAAUUCAUGGAUCCCAAUUCCACCGGUCGAAGGAGCACUCGUGGUAAAUGUUGGGGAUGUGCUGCAGAUAAUGAGCAAUGAUGUUUACAAAAGUGUGGAGCACCGUGCAUUUCCCAGCAAGACUAGGAACCGCGUUUCGGUUCCCAUAUUCGUGAACCCGGAUCCUGAUGCUGUCAUCGGAGUUCUGCCGGAAGUUUUGGAAGGUGGGGAGAAGGCUGUUUACAAGUCUGUCCUGUAUUCUGAUUACUUCAUGCAUUUCUUUAGCAAGGGUCACGAUGGAAAGAGUACCUUGGAUUUUGCCAAGAUAUGAACGAGCUCUUGGCUUUUCGGAUUCAUGUUUACAAAUAAGCAUAGUUUGUUCGCAAUUGAAUGAUGCACCAUUGCUCAUCUGCAGCUC